CUCUAACCAAUCAGAAGCGUCACAAGCCUCAGACCAGGAAAGCCUUCAAAGCACAACAUACACGAACGUUGCAACUGAACAGUUCUCAUUCCACUCACUUUUCUAAAUUUUUUUCUUUUACAUUGUAGGAUGGCCAGACAAACGUGAAGUCCAUCAUGGCAAAGUUCAGCCCUUCUAACAACCCAGCCGAAGAAGUUCACAGCCGACAAGUCAAAGUGGCAGGACAAUCUUCCCUGUCAGCAAAAGCUGCAUUUGAGAAGUUUUCUCAUUUGGAAAAUGCUGGUCCACCAGCCAGACCCAGCCCUCUUCAAAAGUCUCCAUCUUUCAAACCUCCUUUGGGCCUAAAACCUUCUCUUCAAGGCACACCAGACAAGGAACCAAAGCCACCCCCUCUGAAAAGCAGCCCUGCAGCCAACAAGUUUGCAAUGCUAGCUCAGGCGGCUAGCAAAGAUGUCAAUGAAAAGGUGAGCUUCCCUAAGCCUUUGGGUCCCAAACCUACCGAAAUCCUUAAAGAGGACUCCAAGCCAGUAUUCCCAAAGGUUCCAGACAACAGACUGCCUGGCUCAACACUGCCCACAAAAAAUGGCCUUAGGCCGCCAGCACCGAAGCCAAACUUCAAAUUGGAACUACAAGAAACGGAGGCCAAACCUGUGUUUCAAAAGCUAGCGGGAGUUAAGGAAACAUUUAUCGCAGCAUCACAAGAAAAUGACCCCAAACCACUUUUUCCAAAGGACGUUCUGAAACAGAAACCUUCUUUAACUACUCAUCCUCUCAACAAUGAAGAGAUUGCCAACAAGAACUUUUCUUUGAAUCAGGCCCCUCCACGUUUCCCAGGCCCCAAACCAAAACCCCACUCGUUUAAAUCACCCAAGGACUCUGAGGAAAAGAGCACCAGUGGUGUUGACUCCAGUCCUACACCUGUCCGUUUUCCUGUCAGUUUGAAACCUGUCAGCAACCAGAACAAGCUGCCUCAAGGUCUCCCAAAAUCUUAUGGACAGCAGAAUGCAGAAACUAGGCCAACUGUCACCAAGGAUGUUUUCCAAAGCAAUAGCGGGGACUCAGGACCACCUUCUGCUCCUGCUAAAUCUGUGCCUUCCAGAGUAGUUACCUCAGGACCUUGGGCCAAUAACCAGGAGAAAGAAGAGAAAGAGAAGAAUCUGGCUGGCCCCAAACGAAAGGCAAUACCUCCACCAUUCAAAUUGGGGCCUGCCCCAGCAAAGCCUAGCAGGCCUCCCACGGUGGAUGUGGCAAGAUUCCGGAAAGAUAACAAAGACAGUUCCAAAGAAUCCCAUUCAGUGCCUUUACCCUGUCCUCUCCCACCACCCAUUUCUGCCACGCCUCCACCACCGCCGCCGCCUCCUUCAUCUUCCCACCCAUCAACACAAGUGCCAGUUCUCCCUCCGAGAAACAUCAAACCUAAGUCUGAUGCCAGAAACUCAGAAAAUGAAGAAAACUAUGACGAUAUUGACAGUACUGAUGGUCCUGGAAAUACAGAUGAGAGUUUGAACAGUGAUGAGGAGAUGUAUGAAGACAUAGAUAUGAGACAUGCUUCUAGAGAUAAUGAAAGGAGAAGGGAGAAGGGAGAAGAGAAAAAAUCUGAUCAGGAGAAGAAAGAACAAAAAGAAAAAGAGAAGAAAGAGCAGGAAGUGAGGAAGAAGUUCAAACUAGUGGGUCCCAUUGAAGUCAUUCAUCAAGCCAGAGCUUGCACUGAUUACAAAGGAGGGAAGAAUGAACUGACUUUCAAAAAAGGGGACAACACUGAAAUCAUCCGUAUUACGGACAAUCCAGAGGGGAAAUGGCUGGGAAGAAUAAGAGGCUCUUAUGGCUACAUUAAAACCACUAUGGUGGAAAUUGACUAUGAUACUUUGAAAAGAAAGCCGCAGCCUUCUAUCAGCAUUCAGCUGAAGCAGCCAGACAGUGACGAAGAAGUGUAUGAUGAUGUUGGGGACCAGGACAGCACUGGCAGUGGCGGUCAAAGUACCACAGGGGUGACAUUCCCACCUCCUCCUCCCCUGGACGAAAUUUAUGAUGGAGUUGACGAUGACGAUGAGCCAACAAGGUCUGCGUCGCAGGGUGAAGAUAAGAGUAACACCUGGCCCCGAGGGCUAUUGAAGAUUAUAAAAGGAAAAGAUUACCAAAAGAAAAGUUUACGAGAGACAACACCUAAAGUCAAUGUGAAAGAAGAUAAUGGAGGCCCCCCGUAA